GGAGAGUCAGCUUAGAGAGAACACCCUUAAUAAUUUCCCCAAUGGGAAGAAGUUUUGUUUUCCCUGUCUCUCAGGAAACCAGGCUAACUGGUCACUGGAAAACAAGUGUUGGUGCCAGGGCCUCCGGGGGACACAAGACUGCCUUCUCAGAGACAGGCCAUGGACACGGUGCGCAUUGCAGUUGUCGGGGCUGGCGUGAUAGGCUUGUCAACCGCCUCGUGCAUUUCCCAGCUGGUUCCCCGAUGCUCCGUUACCGUCCUCUCAGACAAGUUCACUCCUGAUACCACCAGUAAUGUGGCAGCUGGGAUGCUCAUUCCUCACAAGUAUCCAGACACACCUGUGCCCACGCUGAAGCAGUGGUUUUUGGAGACCUUCCAACACUUGUCUGCAAUUGCCAAGUCUGCAGAAGCCACAGAUGCGGGUGUUCAUCUGGUGUCUGGUUGGCAGGUGUUCCGGAGUGUCCCCCAGGAAGAGGUGCCUUUCUGGGCUGAUGUCGUUCUGGGGUUUCGGAAGAUGACAGAGGCCGAGCUGAAGCGAUUCCCUCAAUACGUCUUUGGUCAUGCUUUUACAACUCUGAAGUGUGAGACUUCCGCCUACCUCCCAUGGCUGGAGAGAAGGAUAAAGGAAGGUGGAGGUGUGCUACUCACCAGGAGGAUAGAGGACCUGUGGGAACUGCAGCCAUCCUUCGACAUCGUGGUCAAUUGCUCAGGCCUGGGAAGCAGACAACUUGUGGGAGACUCCGUGAUUUCCCCUGUAAGGGGCCAAGUGCUCCGGGCACAGGCCCCCUGGGUGAAGCAUUUCAUCCGAGAUGGGAGUGGCCUGACGUAUGUCUACCCUGGUACAUCCUAUGUAAUCCUGGGAGGAACCAGACAGAAGGGAGACUGGAAUCUGUCCCCAGAUGCGGGACUCAGCAGAGAGAUCUUUUCUCGAUGUUGUGCUCUUGAGCCCUCCCUCCACAGAGCCUACAACAUAGAAGAGAAAGUGGGUCUGAGGCCCAGCCGGCCAGGUGUGCGUCUGCAGAAGGAGAUCCUUGUCCGAGGAGGACAGAGGCUGCCUGUGGUCCACAAUUAUGGCCAUGGGAGUGGGGGCAUCUCAGUGCACUGGGGCUCUGCUUUGGAAGCCACCAGGCUGGUGAUGGAAUGCAUCCAUACCCUCAGGACCCCAGCUACUAUGUCAAAGAUGUAGCUGAUAUCAAAGGACAGCAGAUCACACCAGGUGGUAUUGAUCAAAGCACAGUUUAAGGUCGUUAACUCAGCCUCAUAAUAUUUCCACUGCUUGAAAGUUGAAUCUGAACUUCUUUUAAAAAUUAGAAAUCACGCAACACAUAUCAGCAGACUUAGAAAGCUUGCCACUAUUGACACAGGACACAGCUCCUAUUUUUGUCAAAAUAUGUUAUUAAAAAAUACUUGUUAUACAGGAUAACAUUUGGGGAGGAUCUAACGCUAAUACAUGGAUGAUAUAAGUGAUAGGGCUUUUGUGUCUUUAGCUCAUAAACUCGUAAGAGGAGACGAUGUGUGGGGAACACGUUUGAUCCCUGUCAGUUGUAGAGCUCUGCGUCAUCCUCUUGGGUCAUAGAGUCAACCAAGCAAGUGUUACCAUCCCUCUAGAUAAGACCACACUGUGCAGACCUCCUGUAUUUAAGCGAAGGCAAAGCAUGGCCAUUGACAGCGCAGGCGGCGGCCGCUUCCUCCCCUCAGCUGGUGGUGAGAGUUGACGAUGGAGAUGGAGUUGCCUACGAAAGUGGCACCAGUGUAGAGCAACUGUCUGUCACUGUGCAUGUUUUGUUGUUUCUGGGAUGAGACACCUAACACAGACAACCUCAAGAAUCAGUUUCUCACUGUUUCAGUCCAUCAUGCAAGGGAGACAAAGCUGUUCCGCUUAUGCCUGCCGGAAAGCAGAGUGGAGAGGCGGCAGGGACGAUGAGGGCCGGAUACAGCCUCCACCCUCACUGCUGGUUACCUACGCCCUCCAUCCAGCCCCCACCUCCUGCAGUUCAUUCUCCUAUAGUUCAUUCAAUUCUUGGAUUUAUCAACGGAUUAAGUCACUGAUUAGGUCAUCCACGUCUACCCUCAGCCGCACCCAAAGGGGUGUUUUAGUACUCACCCAAGCCAUCCCCCAUCUUAUCAAGCUGACAUUAGGGAUUUACCAUGGCAGUCACCUAGGCUGCUUAUUCCAUUACCACAAAUGAUUGAGAGCUGGCUGACAACACAGUGAAUGAGCGUCGUUGAAGAUUGAGUAGUCUAGGCAACCAAAGAGCCAAUUUGUUAGUGGAGAUGGAACUGCCAUUUUAAAUGACAUACAGUACAAAGUAGGCUUCGUGUUAAGACGUUUUGGGGAGGAAAGGACUGUGUCUUGUGAUAAAAUAGUUUGAGAGUUUCUGAGUUGAAUAAUUUAGUGUGAUUCCCUAACUUAGUCUAUUUGGAACCUUUAGCCUGCUCCUGUGCAUUGAGGACCCUCGGGAGUGCUUUCGGCUUGGGAGAUGUACCCACUCACUGAGAGAAGCAAUCUGAUGUCAUCUAAUUCUGGAGGGAGGUGCCGUUUGUUUCUGAAUAACAAACUGUAUCUUGAAGGUAUUUUGGGGAGGUGUGGGUUUGGCCAUAAAUACAGGGACAAGGCAGGAAAGAUGGCUCAGCAGUUAAGAUUGCUGACAACCUCAUAUAACUACAGUUUCAGGGGGUCCAGCACCCUCUUCUGGUGUGUAGUUACACACACACCCUAGUCAGUGUUCUGCGCAUGGCAACCGCAACACUCAUAAAGAAAAGCAUUUAAUGGGGGAUGGCUUACAGUUUCAGAGAUUUAGUUCAUUAUCUUCAUGGAGGAAUGCAUGGCAGCAUGCAGACAGACAUGGUGCUGGUGAAGCUCAGAGUUCUACAUCUGAAUCUAUAGACGGCAGGAAGAGAGAGCCACUGGGCCAUCCCACACUUCCUCCAACAAGCCACACCCACCUCAACAAGCCACACCUCCCAGGUCCUCCCAGAUAGUGCCUCUCCCUGAUGACCAAACAUUCAAACAUAUAAGCCUACGAGGGGGGCAUUCCUAUUCAAAACACCACACACACACACACACACACACACACACACACACACACACACUCAACCACAUACACAUAGACACAGACAUAUAUAUUAAAUAAAUCUUUAAAAAUUAUUCCAAAAUGUAGAGAAGAGAAGGUUACCAGCAUAGCUCAUUUUCACUCUUCUGUUGAGGUUUUGCAUGUGAUUUUGUUUGAAGAGAGAGCUAUGCUGAGGCUCCAGAGGUUUUGAUGGGCUAAGUCUUGUUAAAUCAAGCAGGUUCAGAUUCAUUUCCAUUAACGUCCACCAGGGGGUGAUGUUGUAUCAAACUCAAGUAAACUAAACUGGAAAUUUAGAAAUGACAAGAAAUAAAGUGUGUGUGUGUGUGUG